AUGGCUUCGCAGUGGGAAAAUCGCUCCAAAUGGACGCUGGGUGUUCUGAGUCAUCCAGAAACAGACGAGGUACCCGGCACGAUUCUUCUUCUUGCUUCUGACCGAAACGAGCCCUUGGGUUUGCGGAAUCAGCCAGCCCGGACAUCGGCUUCGUCGCUUCCUUCUCCAUACCCACCUAGCAGAUCGUCUUCUCGUUCAGUCGCUCCCGUGGCCAAGAAGACUCCGGAUGGUCGAAUUGUUCUUCAUCCUCAACCGGAGGACUCGGCAAAUGAUCCUCUGAAUUGGCCCAGCUGGCGUCGAGACGCCGCCCUCCUUUCACUAGGCUUCUACUGCCUCAUGGGAGGCGGAAUGACUCCGGUUUUAGCUGCCGGCUUCAACAAUGUGGCGAAAGACUAUGGAGUGAGCACUCAGCAGGUGGCCUACACGACUGGACUUUACAUGUUGGGAUUGGGUUUUGGGUCUGUCAUCAUGGCACCGACGGCAAUUCUGUGGGGCAAGCGACCUGUAUAUCUACUAGGAGCUACUUUGUUUAUUCUUUCCGCGGUAUGGUGUGCGCUCUCCCCCAACUACCCAAGUUUGGUAGUAGCGCGAAUUUUUAUGGGUAUUGCUGUGAGCCCAGUGGAAUGUUUGCCAUCGGCAACAAUCGCCGAGAUUUUUUUCCUGCACGAAAGAGCAUAUCGCAUUGGUAUAUAUACACUUUUGCUUCUUGGAGGCAAAAAUCUUGUGCCACUGGCUAGUGCAGCGAUUAUUGGAGCACUAGGUUGGCGCUGGGUCUUUUGGGUGGUUGCCAUUAUUGUUGGAGGGAGUCUUGUGCUCCUCUUCUUCUUCGUUCCCGAGACAUUUUGGGACCGUACUCCACGGCGCAAGCCAAAGGCCAAGCGACCUGGGUUUUACCGGAGCGUUUCUGAACUUGCUCAUGCAGGAUUUCGCGGAAGGCAUCCAGAACGCAGGACUGACGAGAAAGUGUCCGGGCUGCAAAGCCCUGAAAGCGUACAAAGCCCUAACACUGAAAGGAGGCGAAGGGAUGUGCAUGUUGGCUUUGCUGAAGACCCAGUGGACGAGAAACCGGACCCCGCAAUCGAAACUCCGCCUGAAGCAGGCCUGGGCUUAGUCAGUGGUGCAAAUCCGCUCGGAAACGCUGCGCGUCUGUCAUCAAUGGACUCUGCUCGGUCCCCUGGCGAGAUUCCAUCUCCGACUGUUCCAAGUACCCCUCGCAGGUCGUCAGGGAUCGGUCCUGGAUCAACCGGAGCCGAUCUUUCAUCGCCAGAUGCCGUCGAUGUGGAGGCCUUGCGGGCACUCAGUCUAUCUCCUGCGAGGCAUGAGUCUGAGGAACAUGUAGCAAUGAAUGCACCGGCACUGUACACUCACAAUCUACGCGAAGGACCGCUUGUGCCUUAUCGACAGACACUCCGAAUAUGGAAUGGACGACUCAGUCACGACAAAUGGUACCGAGCGGCGGUUCGCCCCUUUAUUCUCUUCUCCUACCCUGCUGUUCUGUGGUCAGCUCUUGUUUAUGCUUUGUCUAUUGGGUGGCUGAUUGUUCUAUCCGAGUCUGUGGCCACGAUUUAUGAGAAUAAAGAGACAUACAACUUUUCUGCGUUGGGCACGGGUCUAGUUUACAUCUCUCCCUUUGUGGGCGGUGUUCUCGGUACGGCAGUCGCGGGACGAGUGUCUGAUAUGAUUGUCCGAUAUAUGACCCGACGCAAUGGAGGCAUCUAUGAACCAGAAUUCCGUCUCGUAAUGGCGAUUCCUGUCGCACUUUCGACGGCUGCUGGGCUUAUGGGUUUUGGAUGGAGCGUGCAAGAGAGAGACGCUUGGAUUGUCCCUACUAUCUUUUUUGGUAUUAUCUCAUUUGGGUGCUCUCUCGGAAGCACUACGUCUAUUACAUUCUGCGUGGACAGCUACCGACAAUAUGCGGGCGAGGCAUUGGUGACUUUGAAUUUUAGCAAAAAUGUCUUUCAUGGACUGAUAUUCUCGCUGUUUAUUGUGGACUGGCUGAAAAGCGACGGAGCUCGGACUGUAUUCCUUGCGAUUGGAGGAAUACAAAUCGCGUGCCUUUUAACUUCUAUUCCGAUGUACAUAUUUGGAAAGCGGGCGCGCAUGUGGACGGUGAAGCGGAAGUUGAUGGAGAAGUUUUGA